AUGUUUUUUUGUGAAAAUGAAAUACCAGUGUUUUGUUGUUUAUAUGUGUACGCGCAAACAAAACAAUCGGUUGUAUACGUUUUGGGGGUUAAAGUAAUUUUUAUAAUACAAUCAAAUCAAAUGUUCAUUUAAUUUACAUGUGCCUUUGUGCGCUUGUAUUGAAUACAAGCUUCACAAGCCACCGUAGAGAUUUUAUCGAAACAACACAAAAACGCAGCUGAAAUAAAUAAAAUAAAAAAUAAAAAUUAAAUAUAAUUGUGCUAUAUAUGCAACAAUAAAUGUGCGAACUAUGAAACAAUUUUCCAUAAUACACCUGAAAAAAUGACAACAACACAAUUUUUCAUAUUAUUAACGUAAAAAACAUGCUGAACACUUUAACUCAAAGAGAAUUCGAUUUUCUAAGUUGUCGUCAUAUCAUGAAUUAAAAAAAAAAAAUCCAACGGAGAUUCAUUUCUAAGGUGAAAUAUCUGGCCGAACAGCUUACGCUUACUUUGGCGGAUUUCCUAAUCGCAGGUCUGAAAGCAUCAUUAAAUGAUAUUUACAUGCGCCAGUGGUCGCACAUCCCAUCGACAUCUAUAAAACUAAAGCAGCCUCUUUGUAAAGUAACUGCUACAUGAUCUCCAUUCGCGUUAGAAUAUAAUUUUUUGUAAACAUUUUAUUACUUGCACAGAGAUUAACGGCAUACUAUUACUACUUCAGAAAGUGCUGCCAUGAAAGUGGAUUAACUGGAAAAGAUGUACUAAUGCAACGAUUAAAUGAGACAAAAAUAUUUUAAUGAUUUGAACAUCAAACGAUUACCAACAAAAAUUUAAACAUAGCGUUGGGAGUGAGUGCCUCGCAAGCAAACACAUGUUGCUUGCAAUCAACAGGCAACGAAAAUAACAACAACAUGUAGAGCAUUUAUUGCUUGCAGGAGGAAAAAAAAAGAGUAUCUGCAUAGUUUAUAAGUAGAAAUGCAGCAGAGGAUGUUAAAGUAUCUUCAAAAUAACUAAAGUGGAUUUCCGGUGCAUUGCAGCAUCUGAACUCAUAAAUCAACAAUAAUAGCAACAACAAGAACAACGCCUUACAGCGUAUACGAUACGCAAGCAGCAUAUGUUCAAUCAAAUAUUGUCACAAGAUCGUUGUCGCGGGUAAUUAAACAGCAGUUGCUCUCUUCCUUGUCUUCUCCCUUUUUUCUUUACCAUAAAGUGCUCAAGCAUCACUCACAUGCGCACCAUAGGAAAGAAUAACAGAAAUAUUGAAGUGUCUUAAGGUCUAUAAAAGCAAAGAGAUUUAAAUUUCUAAAUGCAUAUAAAAUUUAUGUCCUCAGCAUUUGUUGAACAACUAUAAAGUAGUAAUUUUUUACCAUGGACUUGAAAAAUUCAUUUACCGGAAAAUAUUUAUUCUUGUUAACUGUGAUACUAGUAAACUGUAUCAACUGCAGCUCUGCUGUCGGGUCACGUCCCAUCUCCCACGAAUUGACGGAUUACGAUUUUGUUGAUGGCCUUGAAAUACGUAAACGCAGUGAUUCGCAGGCUGUUCAAGCAGCGUCCAUGAUGGAUCACAGUCAAGAUCUCGAAGCUGACGAAGGGGGAGGAGGAGCCACUUCCAAUAGUGCAGGAGAGCAGAAGGACUUUAUGCCCCGUUUUAAAAAUGAGCAAAAUCUUAGCAAUAUUACAGCUAAGCCUUCGGGAAGUUAUUUACAACUUUCAUGUCCGGCCGUAGGUAAACCAGAACCGCAGGUUACCUGGCUGUUAAAUGGCACUAAAUUUACUCGCAGUAUUGGCCGCGUAAAGAAAUCAAAAUUUUCCAUUUUUAUGGAAGAGCUAGUGCCUAGUGAUUCCGGCCUAUACACUUGCAAGGUGUGCAAUCGGUUAGGAUGCAUUGUUCACACCACCGUUCUGUACAUUAAUGAUCGCGUAAAUCAUAAGCCCAUUAUACUCGUGUCUCCUUCAAAUCUCACUUUAUUCGUUAACGAAAGCGGACAAAUGGAGUGCAAGUAUCUUUCGGAUUUACAUAGCAGUAAAAGUUGGGCGUUUAGUCCUUGCAAUAAUACUCACAAUUGUUCGGGUAACCGAACUAUUAUCCAGCAAGGAGAAGAUUUUUUAAAAUUUGUAAACGUUACAAAAGAGCAGGAGGGCUGGUACACAUGCAUGGAAAUUAAUAGUUUAGGCUCUUCUUCGACAAGUGCUUACCUGCGAGUCAAGGACCCCAGUGAGACCAAAGUCACUAAAGUAAUACGAGGUCAAACAUUGUGGGAGGUGGUGGUGGCUACUGUAAUUGUACUCAUGUUACUGCUCCUGACAAUUUUUAUAGUUUAUGUGUGGCGUAAAAUGAAGCAUGAAAAGCUUCUGAAGCAACGCAUUGAGACCGUGCAUCAGUGGACGAAGAAAGUGAUAGUUUAUAAGCCAGCCAGUGGCGAUUCAAGUGGAUCUAUGGAUGGUAUGAUUAUGCCAGUAGUAAAAAUUGAGAAACAACGUACCACGGUACUACAGAGUUCUAACUCGGAACCGGCUCCUUUCAAUGAAUACGAAUUCCCAUUGGAUUCGAAUUGGGAAAUACCGCGCAAUCAACUAAUAUUGGGAGCUACGUUGGGUGAGGGAGCUUUUGGUCGUGUUGUUAUGGCCGAAGUGAAUAACACUAUAGUCGCAGUGAAAAUGGUUAAAGAAGGCCAUACCGACGAUGAUAUAGCCAGCUUGGUACGCGAAAUGGAAGUAAUGAAAAUCAUCGGGAAGCACAUCAAUAUUAUCAAUUUAUUAGGUUGCUGCUCUCAAAACGGUCCUUUGUAUGUAAUAGUUGAGUUUGCUCCGCACGGCAACCUUAAGGACUUUCUCAACAAGAAUCGACCAAUGGGUAAAGAAUACGAUAAGGAUAGCGCCAAUAAUCCUUUGCCGCCGCAUCAUCUGACCGAAAAGCAUUUGAUUUCAUUUGCCUUUCAAAUAGCACGAGGCAUGGAAUAUUUGGCUUCACGACGAUGCAUUCAUCGCGAUUUGGCGGCUCGCAAUGUCUUGGUCAGCGAUGAUUACAUCAUGAAAAUAGCCGACUUCGGCUUGGCUCGCGACAUUCAAGAUACCGAUUAUUACCGCAAGAAUACUAACGGUCGUUUGCCCAUCAAAUGGAUGGCACCAGAAUCGCUGCAAGAGAAAUUCUAUGAUUCGCAAAGCGACGUCUGGUCAUAUGGUAUAUUGUUAUGGGAAAUUAUGACCUUUGGUGCCCAACCGUACCCCACCAUAAUGUCAGCUGAAGAACUGUACACCUAUCUAAUGUCCGGUCACAGAAUGGACAAGCCAGCAAAAUGCUCAUUGAAUAUUUAUAUGCUAAUGCGUCAGUGUUGGCAUUUUGAUGCAACGGCGCGUCCUACAUUUGCGGAAAUUGUAGAAAAUCUGGACAAACUUCUCUUGGCUAAUGAAGACUAUUUAGAUGUAGCAGUAGCUAAUCUAGAGACACCUCCUUCCUCAAGCGACGACGAAGAAUCGGAAGCAGAUUCUUUACGUUUCCAUCAUUACAAGUGAUAGGCGGCGAGAUGAAGGACUACAUCUCAAGAAACUUGUUAUACGAUUGUUGCAUUCUAAUGUAAAUAAUUAAAGUUUAAGCUUAAGAUAUAAAUUUGUGCUAUCUGUAAGAAAUCGAGAUUCCGCUUAAGCGCAAACACUUUAGCUGUAGAGGUUUUGCUCGGAUCUUAGUGUAAAUAAUAACGAAAAAAAAAAAAAAGAUCUAAAAUACAUUAUAGAAAAGUCAGCUAAAUAUCCAAAGACUAUUCUUAGCUUAUGAUAAAUAAAAACGACAACUCCCCCCCCCUCCUUCUCCAAACCUGUUCAAUAAAAUGUCUCAAAGCCACCAAAGGCUUUCUUAGAAGAAAUACCGAAGUUAUGUAAGUGAAUUUAAGUAUUUUUGUAGUGUUAAGUUUCAGUUAAAACUAAAUAUUUAACUUUUGAAAAUAUUUAUUUAUUUUGUAAGCAUUUAUUUAGUCGUUCUUAAGUACGGUGUUUAUUGAGAUUAUUCUUUUUUUAUUUUUGAAAUUUUAUAUAUGCAAAGAUACCUUGAAUAACAAACAUAUCAAAUAUUUAUUUAGCUUAAGACUUUAUACGUUUUCAAGCAUUUUUUUUAUGUAAAAACACUAUAGUGGGUCACGGCCCGCCAUUAAGUACCCCGCGUCACAACAGAGUUAGUCAUGUAGCGACUUUUGAACCUCAGGAGUUAUAUGGAAAGAGGUCGUAGAAGCGGUCCGAUCCGAACCGUUUUCAAUAGCCAAGGCAAGCCGGUGUAUCGAAUUUCAUCAAAGUAUCUCCGAAAUGACCACCUGCAGGUUGAACACAAGAAAGCAAGACGGACAGACGGACAGUGCACUAUUACACCGUGAGUACAUCGCACAAACCAUACACCGCAAGUGGUGUACGAUGUGGUUAUUAUUUAAUAAAGCAUUAAUUUUUAACUAGUUUGUAGCUAUAAAAAUACAAUACAAUAUAUGCCACAUGGUCUAAAAACUAUCGAGCUUAUUUAGAGAACCAGCCUAAGUUAAUUUGAAAUGUGUAAAUAUAAA